CUCUCCUCUCCACUAGGUAACCCAUUGUCCCUGGUGGAUCUAGUUCCUGUACUUCAGAACACUUUAAAGGACGAGUCCUCUGUCACCUGUAAGAUGGCCUGCUCUGCAGUCAGGCAUUGCAUCAUGACUCUUUGUAGCAGCACUCUGAGUGAGUUGGGUCUGCAUCUCCUGGUUGACCUGCUGACCUUAAAGGACUGUUCCUAUUGGCUGGUCAGGACGGAACUCCUGGACACUCUGGCAGAGAUAGAUUUCCGGUUGGUGAACUUCCUGGAGAAGAGAACAGAGAGUUUACACAAAGGAGAGCAUCACUACACUGGGUUGCUAAGGUUACAGGAGAGAGUGUUGAAUGGCGUUGUGAUUCAUUUGUUGGGAGACGAAGAUCCUCGAGUACGACACAUAGCCGCUGCUACUGUCAGCAGGCUGGUCAGUGUGUUGUUCUAUGAGUGUGACCAGGGUCAGGCUGACCCGGUGGUGGCUAUAGCCAGAGACCAGAGCUCUGUGUAUCUACAGUUACUGAUGCAUGAGACGCUCCCACCUUCACACUUUACUGUCUCUACCAUCACCAGGACAUAUCGUGGUUAUAACCUGUCUCAGGGAGUGUCAGACGUCACUGUGGAGAAUAACUUGUCAAGAGUCGUCUCUGCCGUGUCCCACGCUCUCACCUCCUCUACGUCACGGGCCCUCACUUUCGGCUGCUGUGAGGCACUGCAUCUUCUGACCACCACCUACCCAGCAUGCACCUGGAGUACGGGCUGGCACUGUGGCUACGUCAGCUCCACCGUCACACACCCCAACCGAUCCAACCUCAACCGCUCCCGGGCGCGCUCACACAGCCUCUCCCAGCCCGGCUCAGGCCCGUUAGAGGAAGGGAAGAGGACUCUAACAGUAGGGAUGGCUAACAUGAUGAUGUCUCUACUGUCCUCUGCCUGGUUUCCUCUGGACCUCUCUGCUCACCAAGAUGCUCUGCUGCUGGCCGGGAACCUGCUCGCUGCGACGGCUCCACAGUGUAUGUGUAGUCCCUGGGCUGGGGAGGAGGAGGGAGGGCCGGUCCCCGGUAAGACAGAGGAGCCCUGGGCAGCGGUGGGGGAGCGCCCCCUGGUGGUCCUGGUGGAACAACUCUUCUCUCACAUCCUCAAGAUACUCAACAUCUGUGCCCACGUGCUGGACGACACGCCGCCCGGACCCGCCGUCAAGGCCACCCUGCCGUCCCUAGCCAACUCUCAGUAUUGCCACCCUGCCGUCCCUAGCCAACUCUCAGCCACCCUGCGUCCCUAG